AUGACCACUCGUCUUCAAAGUGGCAUUAGGAAACCAAACCCUCGCUAUGUUCUUGUGACAAGUCAUGUCAUACCAACGAUUCCGCGAACUACGACAGCUGCGCUGAAGCAUGAGGGUUGGAAGGACUCGAUGACUGAAGAAAUGGAUGCUCAACAUAAGAAUGACACUAUGUCUUUAGUACCGCGACGUUCUGAUAUGAAUGUUUUGGGAAGUCGCUGGAUCCGUACCAUCAAACUGAAUCCUGAUGGAACGGUACUGAAGCUCAAGUCUAGAUGGGUUGCAAAUAGGUAUGAUCAGGAGCAAGGUGUGGAUUUUGUGGAAACGUUUAGUCCAGUUUUUCGAACGUCGACGAUAUGA